AUGAAUGAUCUCGAAGCCAAGUACCGGAAUUGCGAACUCGUGGGAAUUGCAGCCAGUGCGGAGAUUCAGGCUGUGGCGAGACAGGUCGCAGAGGAGAAUAGGCGGCUUCGGGCAUUGUUGGUGAAGCAUGGUAUUGCAGUAAGUGAAAUUGAUGGAGAUGGAAGUGGAGCGGAGAAAGCCAGAGAACUAGAAGGUUUGGUGGGAAGGAGGAAAAGUUGUGGUGGCGAAGGCAGUAGAGACCCGACUCCGAAUUUGGAGUCUUGCGAGAAGUCGCUGGAGGAAAUGAGACAGCAGCAUGGUCAGAUGCCUGAAAGAGGAAGGAGAUGGUCGAGGGAGAAGUUGGCGAACUUGAGGCCUUCUCCUGCUGCGGCUGGCACCAGCGAGCUGGGGUUGGCUACCGCGAGUGCCACUGUGGUCAGCCCGCUGGCUGAGAAUCCCUAUACACCUGAUGCUGUAAUCGCAUAUGCACAAGCACCGUCGCUCGAGACAUACGAUCAAUACCCGGACCAAAGCCAUGUAAGCGGCUUCGCUCAAGACUGGCCACAUCCUCAGAACGUGGAGCAGUGGCCUCAAAGCACGGUCCGGGAUCCUCAACACCGGUCAUGUAGGGACCUCGCAGAGGCUAUCAGAUAUGUUCGGCCGACGUUAUCGCAGCAGGAAUUGGAACAGCAGAUGGGGUGUCAGCCUGGAAUCGAUUGCAAGGUACCGAACUAUGAGGCUUUCGAUCUUAUGGACCGGCUUUCUGAGGAUGCAAGGCGAUGA